AUCGCUUAUUAUUUUGAUUUGAUUUUUUGAUAGCUAACUACAAUGGCUGCCAUUGUAUUUAUAAUCAUUUUAAUUUCAAUUUUAACUCAAAAUAUCGCAAAAGGCGAAAUAAAUGGGCGGCUAUUAGAAGAGACUCAUGAAAAUAUGGAAUUAGAAGUGAGCCACUCAAGUGCCAGAGAAUUUCCUCUGCAAAAUUCUAUACAACAAAAGCAUCCUAGGAGGCAUACCAAAUCAAAAAGAAGAAUGCGAAGAAGAUUUAAAUGCUAUUCAUGUGAGUCGCCAUGCAAAAAUGCAACACAUGAUGCUCAUAUGUGCCAGAAUGCUAUACAAUGUUGGAAAUCAAGAACUCGCAAUGCUUAUGGUGAAGAAAAUGUCUCACGUGGUUGUACAACAUCACCCGAACAGCUACCAUUGAUUUGUAAUCAAAACACAUUAAAUAAUCUUGGACCGAGGAAACGACAUGCUGUGGUACAAAUUAAUGUUAUGUGCUGUUCUGAUGACUAUUGCAAUGGUGGAGAUUUUCCUGAAUUACCUCCUGUUUUUCAAAAUGAAGUUACUCAAGUAGAUCCAAUGGGAAAUGGUGUGGUAAAGUUAUCGUUUGCAAUACUUGGGCCAGUCUUUGUUAUUGUUGUCAUUGGAACGAUAGUUCUAUAUUAUUUGCGUCGGAAACAUCAAAAGAAUUUAAAUGCAUUCAGAAACAAACAAGAUCCGGAAUCUUAUUUAGUUAGUGAUGAUAUGCUGAGAGCAACAAGUGCAGGCGAUAGUACUCUUAAGGAAUAUUUCCAACAUUCUGUGACAUCGGGCUCUGGAAGUGGUCUUCCAUUGUUAGUUCAAAGAACAUUAGCUAAACAAAUCACCCUAGUCGAUUGUAUUGGUCGUGGAAAGUAUGGAGAAGUUUGGCGUGGAAUAUGGCAUGGUGAAAGUAUUGCUGUAAAAAUUUUCUUCAGUCGUGACGAAGAGUCCUGGAAGAGAGAAACUGAAAUUUACAGCACCGUACUACUUCGACAUGCAAAUAUUCUUGGCUAUAUUGGAUCAGAUAUGAUAUCAAGAAAUUCAUGCACACAAUUAUGGUUACUCACUCAUUACUAUCCACAUGGAUCGUUAUUUGAUCAUUUGAACAGAAACGCUCUUAGCCAUUAUGAUAUGAUAAUGAUAUGUUUGUCAAUUGCAAAUGGUCUUGUCCACUUACACACUGAAAUAUUUGGAAAAGAGGGAAAACCAGGAAUAGCUCAUCGUGACUUGAAGUCGAAAAAUAUUUUGGUCAAACCAAAUGGAACUUGUGUGAUAGCUGACUUUGGGUUGGCCGUCACACAUUCACAUGUAACUGGAAAAUUAGAUCUUGGUAAUAAUCCAAAAGUGGGAACUAAACGGUAUAUGGCACCAGAAGUACUCGAUGAAAGUAUAAAUAUGCAUUGUUUUGAGGCACUCCGUCGAGCGGAUAUUUAUGCAUUGGGUCUUGUUCUGUGGGAAGUGUGUCGAAGGACAAUCUCGGGUGGAAUUGCAGAAGAAUAUAAAGUUCCAUAUUAUGAUGUUGUUCCUUCAGAUCCAAGCUUUGAAGAUAUGAAAAAGGUUGUCUGCAGUGAUAAUCACCGUCCAUCGAUACCAAACCGCUGGAGUUCGGAUCCGCUACUGGCCGGAAUGUCAAAACUAAUGAAAGAAUGUUGGCAUCAAAACGCAAAUGUACGUUUACCAGUGUUGCGCAUUAAAAAGACUCUACACAAAUUAGCUUCCGCUGAUGAUAAAUUUAGAUUACAGUAUGACGAAGUAUGUGUUUAAUUUCGUUUAUUUUUAAGAAACGAUGAAAAAAACAGAGAAAAAUACAAAACUCCAUUAUGUAAGUCUUUGAUACGUUCAAUUUUAACGUAAGGCCAAUCUAAGUUAUAUACAUCGUAAUAUAUAACCAUAAACAAGUGUGUACAUUUUUUAAUAUUAAUUUGUGUAUUCCUGUAAAUACACAUUUUAGAUUUUAGAAUAAUAAUGUAAGAUAGAUUUUAAGAUAAAUUUAUGUUUAAGAAACUAUUAUAUUUUUUUUUUUGCUUACAGAGUAGAAAAAUAAAACAAAUUUAAAUAGAAGUAAGGAUAACAAAAGAGAAUUAUAAAAAUGGCUUUCUUCACAUGGAUUUUCGAUUAUACAUAUGUAUAUUUUUUGUUUGUUCUUUUAUAACAGUCCAAUAGAGUAAUCAAAAGAGUAUAUUAGCAAGCAUCUAGAAAAAUAAAUCUACUAAAAGGUGUUAUUUAUAUAUCUAAAUAUUUUUGUUAGAAAUUGGGACUCUUCCGUCCUUAUUUUCUACACAUCGAUUACCGCUUUUUAUAAAUAAGCACUAAUUCAUAAAUACUCUAUCCUCGAACCCAAUUUCCUGGUGCAAGAGCGAAUGAUUAUUAUGUGUGUUAACCUGUUUCAUUGAGUGCAAUCAAGUUUAUUGCACUUUCGUUAAGUUUGAUUUACAAUGAACUCAUUCUUAAGUUAUGUAGAAAAUCACUUUAGAUCAUAGAUUGAUUUUUAUUCAACUAAUAUUAGUUUUAGGGUCAAUAAAUGAGCAAAGAAAAAUUGGAUAAGUUUUUUUUUUAUCAAAUUCCGAACUUCUACGGAAUGUUGUGUCAGGCGGUUUUAAACUUUGUAAUAUUGAGGUAAUUGAAUAAAGCUUAGGAUAUUUCUUUUCUGUUCUUUGUGGUCAUCCUAAACAGAUUACUUGAAAUCACAUCGCUUCCAAGGUAAGAAGGAUUUUUAAGACAAGCAGUUUGUUAGGAGAUUUAAAGAGAUUUUUUUUAAACAUAAUUUAUCUUAGAAAUUUUGGAGUUCAAGGAGGUAUUGAUAUCUCGACCAUGACCCUUGGUUUGGAUGACUUAUAUUUUUUAUAAUUGGCCGGGUUCAACGCAGGUCACCUCG